GAUUACAGGAGAGAUAGAGAGAGAGAGACUGACAGCCAGAGAGAGAGAGAGAGAGAGAGAGAAAAUACAAGGGAAUCUGUUUUCCUACUUGCUUCUUGCAAAAGGAAGGGUUCGUCCAGCAAAGUCACUAAUACCUGUUAAAAGGCGACCGUUUACUAGAUUUGAUUUUAAUUAGUACGCUGCUGUUGAUGCUUGUUUUCUAGUUAACAUCUUUGUGUGUGGAAGAACCAGCUGCAGUGUGCUUGCGUUGAUUUUCCCUGCUGUUCUCACCCUCCCUCGCUCUGUCACAAGUGGUGUCGAUUUUGAACUCCUCACGCCAGUGCCAAAUUCAACAGGAUUUUAUUAGUAAGAUUCUACAGGAUGGAUAACUCAGCCCAUGAUCUGUUCAGCGCCCCGGAUCCUACGGUUGUGGUCCCCACCAGCAACGGACAGCAUCCUCAGCCGAACCCAAACCCGCAGCCCCUCAACCCCACCGUGGCGGAUACUCUUAAAGGACCUGCUUUCAGCACCAUGGACAGGGAUAACCAACUGAAAAUGAGUGAAAGUGCCCAGUUUAAUGACAUGGUGGAUAACCGAGGUCUACUCGAAAGCAGCAUGAAACUGAAACCCCACGAAGCACAGAAUUAUCGUAAGAAGGCAAUAUGGAUAUCCUGGAUAUCUAUCCUUGUCACACUGAUUCUUGCAAUAGCUUCAUUUACUGUCUCCAUUAUGAGGUUCAGUGCAUCAUCCUUUGGGUUUGCGUUUGAUGCAACGCUGGAUGUUUUAUCCUCUGCGAUAGUGUUAUGGCGUUACAGUAAUGCAGCUGCAGUGCAUUCAGCACACAGAGAGUACUUAGCAUGUGUCAUUCUGGGGGUGAUAUUUCUUCUCUCUGCUCUGUGCAUAAUUGGCAAAGCUAUUCAUGCCCUUGCAACACACGUUCUGCCAGAAGUGCUAUUAGCUGAUGUUCAAAAGAAUGCACAUUAUCACAUUCAUCAUAGUUCUAUCAAAGAUAGUAACAGGCAGAAUUCCAUUUAA